UUCCUUCCUUUCUUUUUCUUUAUAGUUUGGUGCUCCCUCCUCCCCUUCCCUUAGGGCUUGGUACUUUUGGUUCAGCUUUAUCAUUCUCCCACAAGGCUUUGAUUACUGGAAAGCCAAGUUCAAAUCAAUGUUUGCUGGCUUUACAGUGAAUCGAUCUAAACAUUGUGGUGACUUCCUUGGGCACAAUGUUGGAAACUGAUUUUUCUCUCGUUUCUAUAUAUGAAACAUCUGUUGUGUAUUCAUUUCAUAAAGGCAUCUUAAGAGUUUAGUGAACAGCCUCCUGUGCGGAGGACAUUCCUGACCACUGGGCAUUGUUGACAUACUUGUUACUUGUUGCUAAUCUCUCCUAGCCAAGGCAGGGAAGACUUAGAACCACUCAGAGUCACUGGGGGAGCUGGAGGUGACCAGGGUUCGUGGAUAGUGACUAGAAAGGGGGAUGCCAAAAGAUGUUUCCUGGAGAGAAUGGAAAGUUUACAGAUAGACUAAUGGACUUUGUUCACAUGAGAGUCUUAUUUGUGAGGCGCCCUGGUACCUUUUCAUCUACCAUUUAUGUUAGCUGUGGACUGGGGAAGCAGAGAUGCAGCCUGCCCUAAGUGAAUGAAAGCCCCAAUUCUCUUUGAGUUGUGUUAUCUUAAUGUCAACUAAAUUCACAUUAGCAACAUGUAGGGAGAUAUGAAGAGUUGUCUUCUCCCAAAUGAUUACAGCCCAAUAAUAGUAAAAAUAAUAAUAAAAAGAGAAAUUACUUUUUAAUGUUGAGAAAAUCUGACUCAAUAAUCAUUAUAUACAAAUUGAAACAAGCAAAAGCUAUGUUGGCUAUAUUUCCACACCAUUAACUGAAUGUUAAUUUAUUGACAUCUAUCAGAAACCAUCUACUAUUUAUUUUAUAGAGGUCCCAGGAUCAUAAGAAUUAAGGUUUGGAAAAGCCUUGAAGGGCUUGUCUUCAGCUUCCUCGUUCCACAACUGAGGAUAUGGUGGCCCAGCUCAGAGAGGCUGAGCUCAGUCAAACCUCUCUAAUGAGACUUUGGAGAGCAUUGUUCAUGAUGGUGAUUUAAAGAGACCCUUAGUACCUUUCGAUUGUCCUGGGCAUUAACUGAAUCCUAACACCCACCCCUCUCCCCACACAUUCACACAUUAAGUUGGAAGCUACAAACCAAAGCAGUUUCUCUCCUAAGAGAGUCCUUUCGGCGAUACUGGAUACUGAAACGACUGGACUGUCCCGCGAGUUUCACUGUGCUAAGCUAAAGUGGAACCAUCUAGCGCAAGAACUGUUAAAUCAGGACACAGCUGUCAUCCUCAGCACAGUGACACUAUUACCAAGACCCAGGUGGUAUCUGGACCCAAAGCCAAGAGGUCUACGGGUACCACAGCAGGGAGGGAGGGACGCAGGCUUUCAAGCCUUCCUAGCGAUUCCGAAGAAGCCACUCCCUGAUGGGCAGGAAGGCCAUUUAAAUUCCCUUUGGAAGCGACGAUGGAUGCUCGGUGGAUCGGUGGAUGAGGGAGGGCAGGCGGCCACAACCCGCGGGAUCCUCCGUGGCGCUCGUCGCGCCCGGGUGCACGUCCUGCAGGGAGGCCCCUGCACGCGCCCGCGGCGACAGACAGGGGACUGGGCAGCUUCACGACUAGACCCCGCCCCAGCUCCUGCCCGCGCCUAUCGCGGCCGGCGCGCUGGUCACGCGGGGGAGCGCCGGGGGCCGGCGGCCAGUGCCGGCGGAGCCCGAGUGGCGGCGGCCGGGCGGGGCGGGAGGAGGUUAGAAAUAGCGAGAGCGGGCCGCGCCGCCAGCCCCGAGCACGCUGCACAGCCAGCGGCCGCACUCGCACCCGCACCGAUGCUGCUGACGCUGGCCAGCGGCGCGCUCUUCUUCCCGGGGCUCUUCGCGCUCAGCACCUGGGCGCUGCGCCGCUCGCGGCCGGGAUGGACGGACGACGACUGCCUGACGGUCGGCACCAGGCUGGUGUCCUCGGUGCAGGCUGUGCUGGCCACCGGGGCGGGGCUCAUCAUCAUCUGCUCCUGCAGCGACGUGGUCACAGACAGGCACUGGCUCGCCACAGAGUAUGUCUGGUUUUUGAUACCGUACAUGAUCUAUGACUGCUAUGCCAUGUACCUCUGCGAAUGGUGCCGAACCAGAGACCAGAAACUCAGACGGGCCACCAUUUUCCGGAACUUCCUGAUUGAAAACCGCCUAAUGGUCACGCAUCAUGCGGUCAUCCUGUUUGUCCUUGUGCCUGUCUCACAGAAGCUCCGCGGAGAACUUGGGGACUUCUUUGUCGGCUGCAUCUUCACAGCAGAACUGAGUACUCCGUUUGUGUCACUGGGCAGAGUUCUGAUUCAGAUGAAGCAGCAGCAUACCCUCCUUUACAAGGUCAAUGGAAUCCUCACGCUGACCACCUUCCUCUUCUGCCGGAUCCUUCUUUUCCCCUUCAUGUACUGGUCCUACAGCCAACACAAAGGAAUAAGCAUGCUCCGAGUGCCAUUUAAUAUUCCUCUGCACUGCAAUGUGGCCAAUGCCAUCCUCAUCUCUCCCCAGCUCUACUGGUUCUCACUGCUCUGCAAGAAGGCAGCCCGGCUCUUUGACACUGCCAAAGCCAAAAAGAACGGUUAAUUAAUCUCAGGGGUCAGGAACUCACACUAGCUGCCUCCUCCACUCAGUAUUCCAAGGACCAAACUGUGCCUGGGGUAGCUGCUGCCUUCUGGAUAUUGAUAAGCCUCUGGAUUUGAGGUUUUCUUUGUAAGAAUCCCCAUUACCUCUCCCUUCUAACCUGCUCCUUUUGCAAAAGCACUUUCUCCCCCCGGUGAUAACUUGGAUCCUGUCAAACCUCCACUGCAGCCAAGUAGUUUUCAAGCAAGCCUGAGGAGCCUUCCUUGGGCCUCUGACAAGAGCCCUGGGAGGCGAAGCACUGCCGUCCCCACUCAGGGCAACAUCCAUUAAUACUGGACCAAAAGCAAGGGACCACUCGGUUCUUGAAGCAGCGUCGUUUUGCCAACACUAGGAAAAGCAUUGUGGGUGUGUAGUCUUUUACUGUUUACUAGACAGCCCUGGUCUUCCCGUCUGUCUAUCAGCAAUGAAUUCCCAUCCUACUGCCUUCUAGUCAGAAGGGCUCACUGACAAUGGGCAAGAGGCAGGGCUGAGAACCUGAAGCACUUGAGUAGGUCAGGAGGCCAGCAGAGGCCAGCACCUUUGCAGGCUGACUUGGUAGAAAGACCAGUAGCACAAACCUGUGAGCUUGUUGCAAGCAGUCACCAACACUAUUCUCUUUGUAGCAUCGCCUCUCAGACCCAGUUUUCUCUGCGUCCACAUAGAAAGCUGGUCUAAAACUCCAGGACAAAGUGAAGUGAUGGCUUCUACAGUGGAUGACUGGGCCAUACCACUCUGACACUGCCCUUUUCAUUCAAAAUGGACACGGACAUCUGCAUUCCAACCUCUGAGGUCUGGAGCAGGCUAGCGCUUCCUGAAGAGACUCUUUUCUGUAUUGAGUGUGUGGCCAUCUAGCCACAGACUAGAGAACAUGAGGGCGGCCAAGCUGGCCAGAGCAUGUCCCGUGGACCUACGUGGUCGCCAUGUGCAGUCGGGUGUGGUGGAGCACUGAUCAUCCCUCACAGCAGGCUGAGUUCGAGAGCGCCUGCUGCCACUUUUAGGUGGCAGCAGAAACACUACAAGUGCCUUGUAUUCACUGUUCAUGGACUUCUAAAGGACUGGAUGAUUGUCUCAAAUUUUGAGUUUCAGUCUUUAAUAGGUGCCAUUUUAAAAAAACAAAAAUGCUGUUUUGUGUUUUGUUUACUGUCCAUGUAUCCACAAGUCAUCCAUCCACAUGGUGAUUAAAUUGCACUAAAUCCUG